UUGUCUUCAAACAGACUCACAAGAAAAAAAAUCCAAAGGAGUUUCAAAGUGAAAGAAGUGGAUGUACUUAUUUUUUGAAAUGGGUUGAGUUUGACUGGAAAGUUUUGGCAGUGAGGGACUUGAGGUGGUUGUUUCAAGAUGGAACAACAAGGUGGAGGUGGUGUUGAUGUUGGGAGUAACACCUAUUCUGCUGGUUGCACCCAUGCUUCAGAAGACUGGAGAAUGUCAAUGAUGGGUGCCACUGACCAAGGCAGGAGAAGUACAACCUUUGCAGAAAACAAGACAUGGAAGCUGAAAAGUCUGAGGAAAAAGUUCAAAGUGAGGGACAUGGAGUCCAAGUACCAGUUGUACCAGAAGAGACUACAGCAUGCCCAGUUUGUUGUAUACCUCUUGAUGCAGACAGCCAUCAGCCUGGGAAGCUUGAUCUUCUCACUCACUUACCAUCCAAAGAGCACCUAUAUUCACACUGACAAUCAACAUGAGGAAGAGGCUCUGAGUCACAUGGCUGUUCAUGCAGCAGUGACCCUUGUGUCAGCCAGUCUGAUGGCUUAUGUGUACAAGGAGGCCUCUUUCAGAACAAGACCGCUGUUGCAUUUCCUGGCAUCUGCUAUAGUGUUUGUCACCUUGGAGUCCAUGCAGGUGGUGCUUCUGUAUCUCAGUAAAAUCGAUUACACGACAACUUGCACAGCAACAACUCACACAGCGACAACUCACAUAGCGACAACUCACACAGUUCUGGCAAAAAUUUCUGGAGGACAUGAAACUGAAUCCUCAGCAGCCCAAUUGCAGGACUGGAGCUUCUACACAGUAAUUGUGUGCUAUAUUUUCCUGCCUCUGCCAACUAAGUUCCAGGCUUUUGUGCUUGCCAUGAUUGUCAGUGUGGCCCAGCUGACCCUGGUAGCUGUCCAAAAUUACUUUUUUGAUGAGGACAGGGCCAUCAACAGGCUCCUUGCUGAUAUGCUGAUGAUUGCUUGUGCAAAUGGCUUAGGACUCUAUUACAGAAUUAUGUUUGAAAUCGCAAUCCGCCGCUCUUUCUUGGACAAGAGAGCCUCAAUAUACUACACCAUGAGACUCAAUCAGGAAAAGAAAAAAGAAGUGAAAACACUGAUGAUCUCAGCCCAAAAACAUUCAAAUGGCCAGGAAAACCUGCUGAAAAGCAUCCUGCCAACCCACUUGUCAGAGAGGGUGAAGACAGACCUGAGAGAAUCACUGAAAUCUCCAGAACUGGAGACCUUUGUUGGCAGGGACCCAUUUUCCAAGGCCUACUUUGAAAAGCACAGCAAUGUCAGCAUAUUGUUUGCUGACAUUGUCAACUUCACACCACUCACUACUUCCAUGGAGGUUGGGGACCUGGUUGCCAUGCUGGAUGAACUAUUUGGAAAAUUUGAUGAAGCAGCUGAAAAGUACAAAUGUUUAAGGAUCAAGAUCCUGGGUGACUGUUACUAUUGUGUGUGUGGGGUUCCAAAGAGCAUUGAAAAACAUGGCAUCAUGGAUGAAAGAAAAGCUGAUGUGGACAUGAGGAUUGGGAUCAACUCAGGUUCAGUGUUCAGUGGAAUCCUGGGGAAGAAAAAGUGGCAGUAUGAUGUCUGGGGCACAGAUGUGACCAUAGCCAACCAUAUGGAGCAAGCUGGAGAACCUGGUUGUGUGCAUCUCACACAUGCCACAAAGGUGUUAUGUUCUACAGGGAACCAAUUACCAGCCUCCUUACUGCGCCCUGGGCACCAGGAUCCUUACUUGCAAAGUCACAAAGUUACCACUUACCUUUUGCCAGCUUCUGAUGAAGCCAUCCAGGCUGCCAACCAUGCAUUUGAAUCUGAAAGGAAAAGCUGGUUACAGGGUAAGUCUGCAGUCAUGAGAAAGGUGGCCAGGUCCAGCAUGGGCCAGCACUCAGACAUGUCUGCUAACCCUAGGACAUACUCAGUAUCAUAUGAUGGGAAUGCAUUGUCCUCCAGCAGGAGACAAACAGCUAAUGUUGAGCCAGCUCUGUCUGAAUUCCAGUCCAUCACAAACAAGGUGGAUGUCUACAUGAAACAGGCUGUUGAAGGAAUGCCUAUUGCCAAAAUGGAUCAAUGGUUCAAGCCAGACAAUGUCCACCCACUUUUCUUGACUUUUCAUGGGAUGGAGAAUGAGGUGCCCUUCACAGUCCAGGAAAACCCAACUGUCAAGUUCUCUUUCUUUGCAGCAACCAGUGUGUUUCUCAUCACUGGUCUCGUGCACUUCCUGGUCAUCAAUGUGAGGACUGUUAGUGUCAUCUGGAGUGUAGGCAUGGCAGUGUUGGUGACUGUGACUCUGCUCUCCUGGGCAGAGGAGCUCUGGCACUGGGCUUUCAACAGAGACCAUUAUGAUGAUUCUGAUGAUGAAAUGGAUGACAAUCAUGGCACUCACAACAGUCAAUCAGCUGGGAACCGCACAGGGAGUGGCAUCAGCUGGACACCCAAGACAUGGCUCCACUGGAUCUCUCAGUGUUUUGUCAAGAAUUUCCAGCUCAGGGUGGCAGGUUUUGUCCUCAUUUGCAUUUUCACUUGCUUGACAUCCAACCUGCCACUGCAUUACUGCAUGUCAAUUGAAGUGGAAGGUAACAAGACCAGCAGUUCACCAACUCAGCCAUCUGCUGCUGGAGGGUUUCCAGAAUAUGGAAGAGGUGUUCAAUGCAGUUACCCAACUUAUUCAUCCAGGAUGCUGAUCCUCAGCCUGGCCACAACAUUUGUCUUCUACCGUGGACACUUUUUCAUGAAACUGCUGACUAUGCUGACCAACUUUGUGACCUUUGCCAUUCUGGUUGUUCAUGAGAGGUCAGAUUUGUUCAUAGACCCCAGGUCAGGCAAGAACAUGGGGCCAUCACACCUCCAGAUGCUCAUGAUCAUCAUGAUUGCAUUCCAUGUCAUUGACAGACAAACUGAAUACUUAUUCCGCCUGGACUUUGUUUGGAAGAAGGACCUCAACCAUGACCUGGAACAGGCAGAAGUGACUAAAAAGGUCAAUGGAUUCCUUUUGCGCAACAUUCUUCCUCAGCACGUUGGCAAUUGUGUGUCUGCUCUUGGCACACAGAAAGUAGGAACACCUCUGAACACUGAGAAGUACCUGAAUGCUGGAAGCCAAAUGACAGAGGAUGCAGCGCCCCCUAGCCACCAUGAAGAGUACAGAAACGUGGCAGUCAUGUUUGCUUCCAUCCCUGACUUCUACUUGGAUGCAGCCAAGGGACCUGAUGAAGACAACAACAACAAGACAGCCCAGUCCAGUUCCUACACUGGAAAUGAAGUUUUUGCAAAAGAAGUGGAGUUCCAGCCUGACAACAAGCUCACUCUGCUCAACCAACUCAUCUGCACCUUUGAUGAUGUGCUGAUGUGUGGUGAUGAGUCCUUUGAAGCAGUGGAGAAGAUCAAGGUGACAGGGGCCACAUACAUGGCUGCUGUGGGCCUGGAGACAGUGCGCAAGUCCUCAGGGUCCUCAGGCAGUCGCCCAGGCAGGUCCUCUGUCUUGAUGGACUCCCACCUCAUCCACCACCACCACCAUUUGCAUGGGACCUACAACAAGAGAUCAAGGAGCUCUGACCAAGUGACGCACUCGUCAUCCCAAUACAGGGACUCUGUGGACUCCCUGGGCAUGUCUGAGUCUGAGCUGAAGGCUGCAGAGAAUGCCAAGACCAUGGUCCACUUUGCUGUCAAGCUCCAGCAGCAGUUGAAAAAGUUCAAUGACAGCACUUGUCAGCAGUUCAAGCUCAGGGUUGGUGAGUUGUGUCUC